CUUGCCUAGCUGUACGGAAUACUUCCCUACAACCCGGAACACCCAUUCACCGAUAAACCGUCCCACAGGUACCCGGACAGGUGGGCCAACAAGAUCUAACUAUGGUGGUUUUACGGAGUCAGACUACAACCUUACGUUACCAGACAGGCAGUGAUGUCAUGGAAGAAAAGGAUGCCCUAGGGCUGGACGAGGCGGAGACAUUCGUCGGUAGAGACUACAAAACAAAUGGCUACCCGUGGCCCUAUAGAAUGAAAGGAAUUGUUCUAUUUUCAUUACUUCAUAUAGGUGGCAUUAUAGGACUAUUCUAUCUUCACAAAAUUAAGCUUAUGACGUGGAUAUUUGGAUUGGUUCUACAUAUAUUGUGUCAGAUCUGUAUCACGGCCGGAAACCAUCGCCUGUGGGCACAUCGAACGUAUAAAGCUAAGCUUCCGCUUCGCAUUUUUCUUAUGAUUGGCCAGACGACAACCAUACAGAAUGAUAUUUUUAAGUGGGCCGUUGACCAUCGCGUCCACCACAAAUAUACAGACACGGAUGCAGACCCUCACAACGCCAAACGUGGUUUCUUCUUCUCACAUAUCGGCUGGCUUCUCCUCAACAAGCUUCCAGAGUUCAACGAGAAAUUUAAAAACAUCGACAUAUCUGACUUGUUAGCUGACCCAGUAGUCGUAUUCCAGAAAAGAUAUUACAGUAUACUUUGCACAAUAUUUGGAUUUGUGAUGCCCGCCUUGGUUCCGUGGGGAUUAUGGGGAGAGGACUUCAUAACAGCAUUUUUCACCGCUGGGAUUCUUCGCUGUAUCAUAGGGCACCACACAACAUUUCUUGUGAACAGCGCAGCUCAUACCUGGGGAUACAAACCGUAUGAUAUCCGAAUUGAUCCCGGCGAAAACAUAGCGGUCAGUAUUCUGACCACAGGGGAGGGAUUCCAUAACUUUCAUCACGUGUUUCCACAGGACUAUCGCACGAGCGAGCACGGAUGGAGAUUUAACUUAAGUACAGCGUUUAUUGAUACUAUGGCAGCCAUCGGUCAGGUCACAGAUAGGCGUUUCGUUUCUGAUGACGUCAUCAGGAAGAGGCAAAAACGAACUGGGACAACUGGACUUAAGUGAUGUUUGUUUUAAUGUGUGUUGACGGUGCUUGGAAAUAUUAAAUGCGAUAAUACCAUCUGAAGUAUAUUUUGGUACAAGUGGUGCAAAUUACAAGUGCUAAUCUUAUACGAAACUUUUGCAUUGGUAAUAGUGUCGUUACACGCAAUAUUGGUGAUAUAUGUUGGUGUUACCUGUUUUCUGCCUUAGGUUGUAUUGUACAUCUAUAUUGAGCACUGAUGAUUGUGUUAAUACCAAGAGGUGUCUCUGUCGAUAAAAAGACUAAAUAUUUUAAAUCCCUGUUUUUAUCCCCCUUCUUACGAGUCGGCAAGGGGAUAUAGCGAUUCGCUCGUAGUACGUGCGUACGUAGCCAAAUUACGUUCUUGCCCUACCUAUUUCAUUAGUUAACCGAUUAUACUGAAACUUCAUAAAAUGUACUUUUUUUACGUUUCAAUUUCUUGGAGCCUCUCUUAAGGUCACUGUUACUAUAAAACAAAUUUUCGACGUCCUCACUACACCAACUUCAUUAUCAUUUGGCUUCACACAGUUAUUUACAACUAUCUAGCAUAUGUCUUGUGCAAUUUUGCAUUUCAACCUCACGGGACAAAAUUGUAUAGGGUUUGGGAUUGCCCUAAAACUGUUACUUACACCAAUGCAUGUUCUUUAUGAUUAUGUGUGACUUGGUGUUCCCGUAGACUCGCCUUUUCCACUCUGGGUUUUCUCUUUAGCAGUACGUUGUAGUUUCGGAUACGUUAUGUUCUGUAGACAUACUGUUCUCCCAUUAGUUUCCUCUGAGAAUAAGAAUAUGCAAUAAGCAAGAUUAGACUACAUGUUGAUAACAGACAGUUUAUUACCAAAUCUUCCAUCGUCAACAAUUGAAUCAUGCUAUCACUCAGAUCAUCUUUUUCUAUUAAUCAUUUAACUUUCCUUGACUUAAACGAGGAAAUGGUCUCGGGGAAUUCAUUAACUCGCUUGCAUUAGAUUCUGAAUAUUAAAUCAUAAAUAAACAGCGAAUAUAAUAAAACUACAGUAUUCCAUGUAUAACAUUAAUAAUCUAAAUAAUUUGAAUUCAGUCGUUUCAUGAUCAAUAAUUCUUAGGAACGCUUAUAGUAAUUAGAGGAAAUCUGUUUCAUACUUGACUAUAUGUAAGACGAGUUUUUAAGCUCAACCUGCUAUCAAGUAAAUAAAGACUA